AUGUUGAAACAACCGACUAUUAGUAAAUUCUUUAAGCGUUCUGUUACAAAUGGUGGAAAACGGACACCUGAAGAGGAAGCUGAGCUGGUGGAUUUAUUAGAUUCUGAUGACAGCUUGUUGGUUAAAGAUGAUAAGGAUACAGGACGCGAAAAUACAACUGCUGCCGCCUCUAUUGAUGAUGAUAGUUCUUGUGGCCAUACUGUUGAUAGUUUAGGUUUAAAUAAAAGACGGCCUCAUUCCGACGGGCUAUCGAAAUACAAAUUCAGCAAGAAACAGAAGCUGGAAGGUGAUGAAGAAAGUAAGAAGGGCAAUUUUGCAGCUAGACUUGACUCUAUACUAAAUGCACGUUUUAGUGGCUCGCCGGGUCCAGAAGAAGAGGAAGAGGAAGUAGAUGAGCAGACUUCUAAAUCGACAAAUAGUAAGUCAACUAAGAAUAAGUUGACAGAAUUGGACCAGCAAUUCAAGCAGUUGAAACUGCAGAAUAUGGACAAGAUUUUGGCGGUACGGGUUGGAUAUAAAUACAAGUUUUUUGCUGAAGACGCUGUUAUCGUGAGCCAAAUUCUGCAAAUCAAGCUGGUACCAGGUAAACUGACAAUUGGCGAGACAAAUCCUAAUGACGCUAAAUUUAAGAAAUUUGCAUACUGUACCAUUCCAGAUAUGAGAUUGGAGGUGCAUCUAAGGCGACUAAUGCAUCACAAUUUAAAGGUUGGAAUUGUGGAACAGACGGAGACUUUCGCAAUCCGGAAAUCGGCUGGAAGUUCAGGCUCUAUCUUUUCUCGAGAAGUCACGAACGUGUUCACGAGAUCUACAUAUGGGAUUAACGAGGUAUUUGACUCCACUGAAAGGCAUAUACUUGGAGACUCAACCUCUGUAUGGGGGUUGGUGUACGAAGUGCAAUCGAAUGCGACAAAGUAUUCGAUGGUAAGCGUAAAUUUAAAUAGUGGUGAGGUGAUUAUUGAUGAGUUUAAAGAUGAAAAAUAUACCAAUGAUGCUCUAGAUACAAGGAUAGUAUACCUAAAUCCCAGUGAAGUUAUCACAAACAAGGAAUUGGAUCCGAAGAUAUCUCAGGCCUUCAUGAAUGCAAACCCAAAUGUUCGGUUUUAUCAGGAGGAACCAGACGAAGAUUAUAAAACUUCCUUUAAAACACAGCAUAGUAAUAUAGAAAUUACUGGACGUUUAUUUGAAUCACUAAUGCUUGUCAGGAAAUAUCUGGCGGGGUUCAAGAAUGAAAAACUACUUGACCUUCCGGAGCGUUACCAAUCAUUUAAUUCACUAACCCACAUGACGCUCUCUGCGAAUACUGUUAAGAAUCUCGAUUUAUUUGAAAACAGUACCGAUGGAAAUAUAAAAGGCUCUUUGCUGUGGACUUUAGAUCAUACGAGGACAUUAUUUGGGUACAGAUGCUUAAAGAAAUGGAUCUCUCAACCGUUGGUGAACAUCGACGAAAUAAACGCUAGACUGGAUGCUGUCCAAUGCAUAGCAAAUGAAGUUGACAAAAUAUUUAUUGAAUCGCUUAAUAACUUAUUGCGUGAUAGUCAGGACCUAGAGCGUAUCCUGAAUAGAAUAGCUUAUGGCCGAACAUCAAGGAGGGAAGUUUACCUUUUUUUAAAACAGUUCUCCAGAAUUGCAGGCUUAUUCAAAUCUCAUCAAAAAUUUAUUGAGGAAAAUGUAUUAGCAUCUGAUGGUCCGAUCAGGAGAAACUCAGAGCUAUUGACCAAGAUUUUCAGCGAACUUAAUGCUUACUGGCAAUCGUUUCCGAUCCCGAAGUUAUUGUCAAUGAUAAAUGUUGAUGCUGCAUUAGAAAAGAAAGAUGCAGAGAAAGCAAUUGUAGAAUACUUCAACCUAAAUUUAUAUGACGAUGCAGAGCCUAUUAUUUCAAAAAGAAGGGAUAUUGACUCUGUAAUUGAAGAGUUACACGAAGAACUAAAAGAAAUUAGAAGCGUUUUAAAAAGACCCAUGUUGAAUUUUAAAGAUGAAAUAGAUUAUUUGGUAGAAAUAAGAAAUACUCAGCUUAAAACGGUACCUUCGGACUGGGUUAAGAUCAGCUGUACAAAGAUGGUCAGCAGAUUUAGAACUCCAACAAUUACGAAGUUGGUCGACAAACUCAAAUAUCACAAAGAUUUAUUGAAAAAUAUAGCAGAAGAACAGUACACAAAUUUCUUGGAGAGGAUUAAACAUCAAUAUGUUGAAUUAAAAUCUGCCAUAAAACACCUAGCGACUUAUGAUUGCAUUUUAUCACUUGCUGCAGUGUCCUUUAACGUCAAUUACGUGAGGCCAAUAUUCAGUGACCAAAAGCAACUCAUAAAGGUUAAGAAUGGUAGAAACCCUAUAAUUGAAUCCUUAGACGUUAAUUAUGUUCCUAACGAUAUAUCUUUAUCUCAGGAUGGAAACAAAGUAAUGAUAAUUACUGGGCCAAAUAUGGGCGGGAAAUCGUCAUAUAUUCGACAAGUUGCACUCCUAGUGUUAAUGGCACAGAUAGGUUGUUACGUGCCAUGCGAAUACGCGGAAUUUGCAAUAUUCGAUCAAAUAUUCACCCGAAUUGGUGCAUAUGAUAACUUACUACGUGGAGAAUCAACCUUCAAGAUCGAAAUGACUGAAAUGUUGCAAAUACUGAAAGCUUGUACCCCUUCAUCAUUACUGUUGUUAGAUGAAGUAGGCAGAGGUACUGGCACACAUGAUGGUAUUAGUUUAUCGCAUUCAAUCUUGACAUAUUUUAUCCAAUUGGAAGCCGACUGUCCUCUCGUGCUGUUUAUAACGCAUUAUCCAUCUCUAGGAAGAGUUAGGUCAAAAAUUCUGGGUAAUUACCAUAUGUCCUAUAUUGAAGAAAGGAGACCCAACGAGAAUUGGCCAAGCGUUAUAUUCCUUUAUAAACUGAAAAAAGGCCAAGCUCAUGACUCUUACGGCUUAAAUGUUGCCAAACUUGCCAAUGUUCCACCUCAAAUAAUUAAUGAUGCUCACAAAAUCUCUGAAGUCAUGAAAAGGGAAUCAGAGCUUGAAGAUAGCAUUGCUGUAUUAAAUACUGUAAAGAAGCUACUGCAAAACGAGACGCCUAAAAGUACUAGACAGAACUUAAUUCAGGAUUUAAUGGCUAUGUUAGACAACUAG